AGUGGAAAUUCUAAUCGAUCGACAACCAGGAUAUUUGUGUUAGUCAAGUUUGUGUCUAGUUAGAGCCAUUGAAAUGAUGCUACAUGAGCUAUAUACGUGAUGAAAGAGGUUCUCUUAACGAUGUAAAAAUAUAAACCAGAUUACAUUUUUUAUUUUAUUUUAACAUGUGCAGUUUUUCACCUCUAGUGACCGCUUAUGCCCUGUAACUAAUCAGCUUGGAUGUUUUUCCUAUUUAAAAUGAUCGAUCAGAAGUGUAAUGAAUAUCCACAGCUCUAUUCCCCCUGCCUGUAUUCAGAGAUUUGGUGCGCGCGCCUCUCGGUAUAGGAACAGAGCGGUUCAGCGGAGAAGCCUGCACUCACAGCUGCUCAUGUUCAUGUUAGUCCCCGAAUCCUUCCAGCUAAAUCCAGUGUGAAAAUGGUGUUAAUGGUUUCUAAUCUUCAGCUUUCAAUCUGUCUUGGAGGUCAUCCCUAGCGCACGGACAAUUCGGCGGACAUCGCUUGAGCAUUCACUCACUUUGGUGGAAUAGCUGCAGGGCCAAAAUGCCACUGUGUGCCCUGCCAAUCGGUGGGGGAUCUUGAGGGGCAGGAGGUGCCCACUGAGUGCAGCGGGCAUAUCAAACACUCUGACCAAAACAUGAACCUGUGCUGGACUGAGAUCAAGCGCAAGUCCCACAAUAUCAGGGUGCGUCUGGAGGCCUUCUCAGACAACAGUGGGAAACUGCAGCUGUCACUUCAGGAAAUCAUCGAAUGGCUGACAGCUAAAGAUGAGGAGCUAUCAGAACAGCUGCCUAUAGGGGGUGAUGUGGGGGCUGUGCAGCACCAGCAUGAUUUCCACCAGGCCUUUAUGGAGGACGUGAAGUCCAGAGGCCCCUUCAUCUACUCAGUGCUGGAGUCAGCCCAGACCUUCCUAGCCCAGCAUCCUUUCCAGGAGCCUGAUGAGAUGCUGCCAGAUGGCAAAGAUCUGUCUCCAAGACGCAGAAUUCAAAAUGUGAGCCGCUCAGUUUGGAAGCAGGCCAAUGUGGCUAGCGACCUGUGGGAGAAGCUGACGGCACGUUGUGUAGAUCGUCACCGGCACAUGGAACGGACGCUUGAGCGGUUGCUGCAGGUGCAGGCAGCAAUGGAAGAGUUAGCCCAUGCUUUAGAGCAGGCUGAUGGUGUGAGAGAUGCCUGGGAGCCUGUGGGAGAUCUCUUCAUUGAUUCAUUGCAGGACCACAUUGAUGCAACAAAGCUGUUUAAGGAAGAGCUGACUCAAGUCAAGGAAGGCAUGAAGCACAUUAAUGACUUGGCCCACCAGCUAGCUAUUUCCGAUGUGCACUUGUCUAUGGAAAAUGCUCGUGCCCUUGAGCAGCUCAACAGCAGGUGGAAACUUCUGCAGAGUUCUAUAGAAGAACGGAUGAAGCAGUUGCAGGAUGCCCACAGAGAUUUUGGUCCUGGAUCACAGCAUUUCCUCUCUAGUUCAGUUCAGAUACCUUGGGAGCGUGCUAUUUCCCCAAACAAAGUGCCAUACUACAUCAACCACCAGGCACAGACAACCUGCUGGGAUCAUCCAAAGAUGACAGAGUUGUAUCAAGCACUGGCGGACAUGAACAACAUCAAGUUCUCAGCGUACCGAACGGCCAUGAAGCUACGGCGAGUACAGAAAGCACUUAGAUUGGACCUGUUGAAACUGACCAGCAUAGUUGACAUAUUCAGAGAGCAGGACCUGCAACAUAGUGAGUAUAUGAUGGAUGUAGUGGAGGUGAUUCAUGCCCUCACUGCUCUUUAUGAGAGGCUGGAGGAGGAGCGAUCAGUACUCAUCAAUAUUCCACUCUGCGUGGACAUGUGCCUCAACUGGUUGCUCAACGUCUAUGACAGUGGUCGAAAUGGAAAGAUGCGAGUACUCUCUGUCAAGAUGGGAAUAGUUAGCCUAUGCAAUGCAGACAUCAAGGAGAAAUACAGAUACCUGUUUAAACAGGCAUGUGAGUCAAAUGGCCUAAUGGAUCAGAAACACCUUAGCCUGCUUCUGCAUGAAGCCAUUCAAAUCCCUCGGCAGCUUGGUGAGGUGGCAGCCUUUGGGGGAAGUAAUGUGGAUCCCAGUGUUCGUAGCUGCUUCCGCAUGGUGGCAGGUAAGCCAUCUAUUGAACUAAGUAAUUUUCUGGAGUGGGUGAGUCUGGAGCCUCAAUCCAUGGUGUGGCUUCCUGUACUGCACCGUGUGACCCUGGCAGAAUCUGCGAAGCACCAAGCUAGGUGCUACAUCUGUAAACAGUGCCCCAUUAAAGGCUUCAGAUACCGGAGUCUGAAACAAUUCAACGUGGAUAUCUGCCAGAUGUGUUUUCUGACCGGGCGAACAACCAAAGGCAAAAAGCUCCACUACCCCAUUAUGGAGUACUAUACCCUGACCACCUCAGGUGAGAAGAUGCGGGAUUUUGCGAAGACUCUAAAGAACAAGUUCCGAUCGAAGCAGUACUUUAGCAAGCACCCACAGAGAGGAUAUCUGCCGGUGCAAACUGUCCUGGAAGCAGAGAGUGGCGAGACGCCGUGUUCAUCUCCUAGGCUACCACAUGCCGACACACACAGCCGGAUCGAGCACUUCGCCAGCAGGUUGGCUGAAAUGGAAAGCCAGAGCUGCUCCUUCUUCACUGACAGCCUCUCUCCUGAUGAAAGUUUGGAUGAAGAUCAGUAUCUCCUACGUCACCCGAGCCCAGCUCUGCAACAAGACUGUCCACAUGGGCCACACUUCCUCACCCACCUUGACUGCCACAACAAAGAGGAACUGCAACGAACACUAGCCCGUCUGGAAAAUGAGAACAGGAUGCUGCAAGGUGAGUACCGGAGGCUGAAGUGGAAGCAUGAGGAGGCUGCAGCAGCAACACCUCAGCUGGUGGAGGGUAUUUCAGGCUUGGGCUUGUCACUUGGACAGCAGGAUGAGGAACUUCUGGCUGAGGCUCGGAUACUUAGACAACACAAGAGUCGCUUGGAGACCCGCAUGCAGAUACUGGAGGAUCACAACAAGCAACUGGAGUCACAGCUCCAUAGACUCAGAGAGCUACUGCUGCAGCCCAAAGAUGACUCAGAGGCCAAUGGAUCAGCUCCCUCCUCUUUGUCAUCGCCUGUGUCAGUAGUGCACCAGGAGAAAGCCCUGAGCAAAGAGAUCACAGUUACUGAGGCUUCAGAUGGUGAAGAUUUGGAGCCAGAACAGGACACAGUGCUACAGCUACAGCAAGUGAUUGAGCAGCUGAGGAAUGUCUUCCCAUCUGAACCAGGCCAAUGAGGAGGCACACAGAUUGAUACGUCCAGAAUAUGCAAGACGGAAAAAACAUUGGUUCAGCAGAUUUGGAGGACACUUUCUUUUUUUCUUUUUUUUUUUUUUUUUUUUAGCUCCAGCUGAAGUUCAACAGAGGGAGCUGGAACAUUUUUGAGUGAUUCACUAAUGUCUCGUGUUGCCAAAGGCCAACACUUUAUCGGCACACUGUGUUAACCAGCUCCCUGUAGUAGCAGCAGGAGUGUGUGGCUUCUCAAGUACAGCACAAUGACCUCAGCACCAACCACACACAGGGAGAAGAGUGGGAUUUAAUGUUUCUGUUCCAACUACUUUGUUUCAUUUUUUAUUUUGUUAAUAUUUUUCUGUUUAUUUCUUGUUCAUGCUCAAACUUAUUGUGAUACACAUAUGCAAGCUGUCCUGGUCUUGUAUAGCCUCUGAUCUCUGGAGCAAGUGGGAGCUAUGGACUUUUCUCAAAUAUAAGGUUAAUACAUCAUCAGCAAAAA